UAUCAGCGUUCGACGUCCUCCCAAAUGUGAGUCCCAGCGGCGGAGACCCUCUCCCGCAACGAUUGACGGUCGUGGAUUGCGGGUGUUGAUGUCGACCUAAAGUUGGAGGUUUGCUGGGGCGGAGACUCACGAGAUGGCAAGCGAAGCUCCACGCAGUAGCAGGGCAGGGCAGGGCAGGCAACUAAAGAGGGAGGGCGCAGCAAGCAGCCUGGGCACAAGACAAGACAAGACAAGACAACACCGCCCGCAAAAGUCGAACAACGCGCAACGCAGAAAGCCGGAUUCCUCACGCAGGCAGACGUCGCGGGAAGAAUGGACUGUGGCCGAGAGUGACGCACAGGAUGCCUUGGUCGUGAGCAGCGAGAAGGAAAUUGGCUGCGGAGAGAGGGACGAGCAAAUCCAGGGGCAGCACAGCACGGCCAGGUCGUUGGGCGCCGGGCGUCUUAACGACCACCGUACAAAUUACAAUACUGGAGCAAGACGGGUGCCGUACCAAGGAGCAGAGAGCCGUUGCUGUUGCACGGCAGUGUCCGUUCUAUGUGAGUCUGUGUUUCUCUGCAAGCAGAUGCGGUGUGCAAGUGCCAUUCCCUUUGAAUUCUCACUACGCAGAACGUUUGGAGGAAGGGUUAGAAGACUGGAAGACUGGAAGACUGGAAGUCUGGAAGUCCGGAAGGAGAAGACGAUUCGUGUAACUGCAGACAAAAGGGCCACCAGAGAGCAGAUGAUUCCAAACAGUCAAAUAUCACCUCUGAAUCAAUGUCCUGCUUCUCACUCAGCCUUCAACCACCCCUUCGUCUGUGCCGAGCAGUCAGCAAGGACUUCUGGAAGCAAAGAAUCGCUCAAGCGCAGUCAGCCUCCGCCCCCAGAUCACGCUUUGAUCCCAUCCCCAUUCGCCAGCAAAUUUAGGAUUAGUGUCGACUUUGAAGGAUUCUUCAGCUUCCCUUGUCGGAUGCUUUGCCGUGAUUGGCCUCGCUCAGGGGCUGACAGACACAGUCCUGAGUUCUCGCAUUAACCCUGGCUGCACGGAUAUUACAAGUAAUUGGCUGAGUCCACCGUGGCAGAGGCUGGAACUCGGCCAGUUCAAGCUAUCUUUGGCCUUGGAGGACUUUGGCCUCG